AUGCGGGGCUCGAGCUGUGUGGGCGGCGGUGGCGAGAGCCCAGGCAGUGCCGGGCUGAGCGAGGCUCCCCGUGGCCGAUGGCUGCGCCUUGCUCCGGUGUGCGCCUACUUCCUGUGUGUGUCCUUGGCCGCCGUGCUGCUUGCGGUGUACUACGGGCUUAUCUGGGUACCCACGCGGCCGCCUGCCGGCCCGGCCGACCCCCUGCCCAGUGCGCCUGCCGCUCCUUGUGCCCGUGCAGCGCCACCCGCCCCACCUCCUGCCGCCUCCUGCCUGCUCGGAGCCUCCGGCGGGCCAAGACUGCAGCCGCCGGGACUGCCUAGGAGCCGCCGCCACAGCCGCCGCCCAGCGCCUGGAGCGACGUCCGAGACCGUGCACCGAGCGCCGGGAUAGCCUGGCCCGCCCCCACCGCGGCCUUCGCCAGCUCCCUCCGCACCACUGGGCCUCGCCUGCGGCCUCAUCUCCCCUGGCCGUGGUCCUGAUCCAGACCGACUUCCACCCACCACGUUCCUCCCAGGGACUCUGCGUUCAUCUGCAAUAAACUCCAGCCUCAGCUGCGCUUCCCUGGUCUGUGGUCGUCUGCAGCGCGCGCUGGUCCUCUCUCGAACCCUGUAGUCCCGCAGCCUUAGAGGCUUUUCUCUUCAUUGCUAACAUGUAAAUUUUGGGUUGAAUUGGGGGUGGGGGGGAAGCGGCUUGCCAGUUUCAGGGCUGUUGAAGGUCAGAUACUGUGAAGGCCUUAUCAGUUUUCCGUGUGUCAAGGACCUGGGCCCUUGUGUCAGAGGAGACAGUCAUGGGAACUGCUGUUGGUAUAGUUUGCAGUGGCAGGAAUAGAAGCUGUCGCUUGUGCUCUUAGGCCCUGGCCAGUGAUGCUGUAGCUUUUUUCCUGGAGUCAGAGAGAUGAACCGGGGUUUGGGUGGUGACAGUACACAUUUGCUGCUUUGGGAAGUGUAGAGUAUAUAACUGAACCAAAAAAAUGAGGUGGGUACAGCCUCUGGGCUACACUGCUGCUGGUGCCUUGACUGAGAAGCUGGUAUAGCUUCUGAUAAAGAAGUCAGGCGAUUGAGUCCAUUUUCCCUUACCUGUUACUGCAGCCUGGCCUUAGGCAGGCUGGGAUACCCUGCUGCAAGAAGGGGUUUUCCUGUAUGACCUUCUUUCCCCUUAAGCUGGACAGCAUCCCAGGAACUGAGCCUUGUGUCAGCUGGGAGCAUGUCAUCUGCCCUACUGGUUCCCUUCUGUUCCACCAGCAUUCCCCACAGGACGAUGCACAGCCAUGUACUUAACCUCUCUGGUCUUGUAAAAUGAAGAUAGCUCAAUUUUGCUCAGAGAAUUAAACUCGUGAUCCAAACCUGA